CUUCUCUGCGAUUUCAAUUUUCAGUCUCAUAUUUACGCUUCCAAAACGCGAAGUUUUGCUUUUCACAGCUUGCGAUUUCGAUAUCCAUAUCAGCUGUUGUCCAGUGUUGAGACGAAGAUAACACUUUUUGGGUGCAUUUGGUUGCACUGGAGUUUGUAGUUUUGUUUAAAGGUUGUGUUCAUACUCGAUAUUUAAGAGAAAGAAGAAAUUAAAUCAGGGGCUAAUACUCGAUAUUUUACCAGCUUACAUUGAGAACGGGAACAGUUUAGGCCUGGCUCUGGAGAGCUACUUUGACUCCAGUCACCAAGUGGGGAUGCUCCCCAUGCCACCUUCUCGGGUGGCAGGAGGGUUAACCCAGUCGUCAUCAAGUUCUGGAAUUUUCUUUCAAGGAGAUGGACAGUCACAGAAUAUAGUUAACUCUCGCUUAAGCUCAUCUUUUGUUAACUCAUCUAACACAGUUCCAGGAACUGGUGGUUCGAAUCCAGGUCCACGUUCUGGGGAUUUGAAUAAUACAGUUUUGAACAGUGUGGGAAACUCAGCACCAAGUGUUGGAGCCAGUUCUUUAGUCACAGAUGCAAAUUCUGCACUCUCUGGUGGCCCCCAUAUGCAGAGAAGUGCAAGCAUUAACGGAGACGCAUACAUACGAUUACCUGCCUCACCCAUGUCAUUCACAUCAAAUAAUAUUAAUAUUGCUGGAUCGCCAGUGAUGGAUGGUUCCUCUGUUGUACAAAAGAGCUCUCAUCAAGAGCACAGUGUUCAACAAUUGCAGCAGAAUCAGCAGCAGCUGCAGGGUGCUUCAAACACUACAUCUUUUCCAGCAUCUCAAACUGGCCCUUCACACCAAAUGGGUGCACAAGUACCAGGAUCUUUUAUUCAAGAUCCAAAUAAUAUUUCCCAGAUGUCGAAGAAACCUAGGCUGGAUAUGAAGCAGGAUGAUAUAGUCCAACAGCAGGUAAUACAGCAGCUUCUUCAGAGACAAGAUCCCAUGCUGUUCCAGGGUCGUAAUCCGCAGUUACAGGCUUUGCUUCAGCAGCAGCAGCAGCAGCAGAGACUGAGACAACAACAUAUCUUUCAGUCAAUGCCACAGUUACAGAGAGUUCAACUGCAACAGCAGCAGCAACAACAACAACAAAUGCAGUUAAGGCAGCAAUUACAGCCACAAGUGAUGCAACCCUUAUCUGCUGGGAAGCGCCCAUAUGACAGUACUGUUAAUGGUGUGUGCGCCCGUCGAUUGAUGCAGUACCUCUAUCAUCAAAGGCAACGACCAAAUGAUAAUAGUAUUGCUUAUUGGAGAAAAUUUGUGGUCGAAUAUUACUCGCCUCGCGCAAAGAAACGGUGGUGCUUGUCAUUAUAUAAUAAUGUUGGGCCUCAUGCACUUGGUGUGUUCCCCCAAGCAGCUAUGGAUACAUGGCACUGUGACUUAUGUGGUUCUAAAUCUGGAAGGGGAUUUGAAACAACUUUUGAAGUACUGCCAAGACUUAAUGAAAUCAAAUUUGCCAGUGGAGUGAUCGAUGAACUUAUGUUUUUGGACUUGCCACGUGAAUUUAGAUUUCCUUCUGGUGUAAUGAUGUUAGAAUAUGCAAAAGCAGUUCAAGAGAGUGUAUAUGAACAGCUUCGUGUUAUUCGUGAGGGUCAACUUCGUAUCAUAUUCACUCAAGACCUGAAGAUAUUGUCUUGGGAGUUCUGUGCAAGGGGCCAUGAAGAACUUCUUUCUAGAAGGUUAGUUGCACCACAGGUCAACCAAUUAGUUCAAGUGGCUCAAAAGUGCCAGAGUACAAUUGCUGAAAGUGGGUCUGAUGGGGUUUCUCAGCAAGACUUGCAAACAAACAGCAACAUGGUAUUGACAGCUGGGCGUCAGCUUUCAAAGAGUUUGGAGUUACAAUCGCUAAAUGAUUUCGGCUUUUCCAAAAGAUAUGUGAGAUGUUUGCAGAUUUCUGAGGUUGUCAAUAGCAUGAAAGAUCUAAUAGAUAUCUGUCGAGAUCACAAAAUUGGGGCAAUUGAGAGCUUGAAAAACUAUCCUAGACUUGGUACUGCGGCAAAGCUCCAGAUGCAAAAGAUGCAGGAGAUGGAACAGCUAGCAAAUGUUCAAGGUCUGCCAACUGAUCGAAACACGCUUAAUAAGCUAAUGGCAAUGAAUCCUGGAAUGAACAACCAAAUAAACAACAAUCAUAAUAUGGUUAAUCGUGGUGCUUUGAGUGGGUCAGCACAAGCUGCUUUGGCACUGACCAACUACCAGAAUCUUCUCAUGAGGCAAAAUUCAGUGAAUUCAUGCCCGGGCUCUCUUCAGCGAGAAGGAUCAUCCUCCUUCAAUAAUUCGAACCAGAGUCCUUCUUCAGCUUUGCAAGGUGCUGGUACUGUUUUGGUUCCAGGCUCAAUGCAGAACUCGCCUGUUAGUGGUUUCCCAAGUCCCCGUCUACCCCCGCAGCAGCAGCAGCAGCAGCACCAACUUCAACAGCGCUCGUUAAGUGCAAUUAAUUUACUGCAACAAAAUCAUUCACAGGGAUCUCAAGGAAAUCAAGCUCUACAACAGCAGAUGAUCCAACAACUUCUGCAGGAGAUGUCAAAUAACAAUGGGGGUGGGCAACCACAAUCUCUUGGACCAACUGCUAAUGGGAAUAUGGCAAAGAAUGGGUUGAGUUUUGCAGGCCACACUCCACCCAUAACUGGAGGUUCUGCCAAUGUUGCUGUAAAUAAUGGACCUGUUUCAAGGAGUAAUAGCUUCAAAUCGGCUUCAAACAUUGAUUCUCCUGCUGCUGGUGGCAACAAUGGAUUCAACCAGAGAGCAUCUGAUAUGCAACAAAAUCUCCAUUUCCAAGAUGUUCAGGAUAUUGCCAAUGAGUUCACGGAUAACACCUUCUUUAACAGUGAUCUAGAUGAUAGCAUGGGUUAUGGCUGGAAGGCAUGACUAACACAACAUGGCCCUGUAAUUGGCUUAUCUUGUUGAGAUGUUUAUCUUAUUAUCUUUGUACAGGAUACUUUGAAUAGUUGCUGCUUCUUUUCUUGGUUUCCCUGCUCAUUUUAUUGAUGGAAUUUGUGGCGACUUUUGAGUAGGUGUUUAGAGAUUUGAUUUGAGGGUUUUUGUCUAGCCUGCAAGUGUAAUCUAUUGGACAAUUUGAAGGACAAUUCUUACCUUAUACAACAUUUUAUGUCCCCCUAUUGCUUUGUUUUCUU